CUCACAGAAUGACUCAUGGGGCCUCCAGUACUCCUAUGCUCUAUUCAAAGCCAUGAGCCACAUGUUGUGUAUUGGGUACGGAGCACAGGCUCCAGAAGGGAUGACUGAUGUGUGGCUCACCAUGCUCAGUAUGAUCGUAGGGGCCACCUGCUACGCCAUGUUCAUCGGACACGCCACCGCUCUCAUCCAGUCUCUGGACUCCUCGCGGCGACAGUACCAAGAAAAGUACAAGCAGGUGGAGCAGUACAUGUCGUUCCAUAAACUUCCUGCAGAUGUGCGUCAAAAGAUCCACGAAUACUAUGAGCACCGCUUCCAGGGGAAGAUGUUUGACGAGGAGAACAUCCUUGGAGAACUCAGCGACCCACUGAAAGAGGAGAUAGUCAGCUUUAACUGCCGGAGCCUGGUAGCUAACAUGCCGCUGUUUGCCAACGCCGAUCCCAACUUUGUGACAGCAGUGCUGAUCAAGCUCCGCUUUGAAGUGUUUCAGCCUUCAGACUUCAUUAUCCGCGAGGGCACAGUGGGACGGAAGAUGUAUUUCAUCCAGCAUGGGCGAGUUGGUGUGCUGACCCGUGGCAACAAAGAAACCAAGCUGAGUGAUGGCUCUUACUUUGGAGAGAUCUGUUUGUUGACUCAUGGACGGAGGACAGCCAGCGUCCGUGCAGAUACAUACUGUCGCCUGUACUCGCUCAGUGUGGACAACUUUAACGAGGUGCUGGAGGAACAUCCCAUGAUGCGUCGUGCCUUUGAAACUGUCGCUGUUGACAGAUUGGACCGAAUCGGCAGGAAGAACUCUAUGCUUCUGCGGAAGUCGUCGCAGGGCGGUUCUCUGGGCGGCAGUAUGGGUCGUGGAGGCCGGGGUGGAGGGGGUCCAGGAGCCAGGGGAGGUAUGGGCUCCUGUGACAGCGUGCUGGUGCAGCAGAUUGUCAAACACGACAGCAUGCCGGCGAUGCAGGAUGCCAUUGCGGCCGCUGCUGCAGGAAGAAGCGGAGUCAUGGGAAGAAGUGGCUCGGUGUCUCCUCGGCCGCGCCCGGUCAUCUGGGCUCCGCUGGUCAACGCCCCCCUGCAGGCGGCUGCUGCCACCAGUAAUGUAGCCAUCGCCCUCAUGCACCAGCAGCAACAGCAACAGCAGCUGCAGCAGCUGCAGCAGCAGCAUGCACUGGGAGGGGCUUUCUUCUUGCCUUCACCUCUUGUGUCUCCCUCUCCGUCCUCUACCUUUUCUUUGUCUACCCCUCGUCCUCCUGUGUUACAGCCCCUCCGCCCGUCUGUGAGCUCUCUCAUCGGCAUGAUGACUCUGGGAGGGCUGGGAGGAAUGGGUGGUUUGUCCCCCAGAGGAUUUCCUGCCUCUCCCUCGACCAUGGGCCCUCCUGGUGGGUUGACCUCACCCCCGAUUGCCAAAACUCCACCCAUACCAGCAUCCUCUGUCCCAGCAUCUAUCCAACCAGGCAGGACUCUUCAUACCAGCCUCCGCCUCCAGGCUGAUCAUCACUCAAUGAUUGCUGGAUCACUAGGAACCCCGACAGGUGGAGGGACACUGACUCCACCUCUCCAUAAAGUACCUGCCGCCAACCCUCCUGCUGCUUAUAGAGCCCCGUCAGAUGGCAACACUUUUAUGAUGGGCCACCAGGGGGCAAAGGAAGCUUUGUUACGUCAUGGUGGAACCAGCUCUCAGGGUCUGCCGGCGCUGGGCAGACUCACCCAGGAGGCCAGGCUGCUGUCGGCCUCACAGCCCACCCUGCCUCACCGCUCCUGGGUUGGAGUGCAGCCUCACCCCCCUCUUCACAGGAAGGCCUCUGGUGGUAAUUUGCUGGCGACUCCUUUCCUGGCAGGGCAGUUAGCCAGGGGAGGCAGUGCAGGCAUGCUGACCUCAAACACUCCAGUACAGCUAGUGACACAUAUUCCAUUUAACGCACAGACACACGCUCAGGCCGCAUUUCCUAUUCAGCCUGCCUUAGCACAGUAUCUGCCCACACAGGCUGCCCCUCACAGCACCUCUGUACCUUCAGCCGCACACAAGCCUGCAGCUCCCCUAACAUAUUCCUCCCCUCCAAAGCAGACCCCUCUCUCUUCUCCCACCCCCUCUUCUCCUACACCUAUACUCCCUCCUACACCGCAUCCUAAACCAAUCUCAAUGACACACUCUGGCUCCUCCUCUCCUCCUCGCAGCUGCACCCCUCCUUUAGCAAACCCGCUGUCGCUCUCCUCAACUCCUCGUCCCAAACCAAUUCCUACAUCUUCUCCCCGCUCGUCCUCUCCCUCUCCCUCUCCCUCCUCCACACCGCCCCCAUCUUCUGUUUUCACCCCUAUCCCACCACCUCAAACCUAUGGGCCGAAGUCAUCUUUCUCCCCUCCAAAGCAGACCCCUCUCUCUUCUCCCAUCCCCUCUUCUCCUACACCUAUACUCCCUCCUACACCGCGCCCUAAACCAAUCUCAAUGACACACUCUGGCUCCAUCUCUCCUCCUCGCAGCUCCACCCCUCCUUUAGUAAACCCGCUGUCGCUCUCCUCAACUCCUCGUCCCAAACCAAUUCCUACAUCUUCUCCCCGCUCGUCCUCUCCCUCUCCCUCCUCCACACCGCCCCCAUCUUCUGUUUCUACCCCUAUCCCACCACCUCAAACCUAUGGGCCAAAGUCAUCUUUCACCUCCUCCUCUCCCCCAUCCUCCUUAAUCACCUCUAUCCCACCUCGUCCCCAGAGCCCCCGAGCCAAGGUGUCCAACACGCCUCCUUCUCCUUCUCCAUUGUCUGGCCCAAGUCCCGCACAAACUCCAAUCCCUUCCCCGAUACUAACACCCACUCAGACCACCCGUACACGCACUUCUACCCCUGCCCAAACACCUACACAGACCCUUAGUCCUACUCCUUCCCAUUCUCCGGUUCCUGUGACACCUGUCCCCUCUGUAAGUAAAUCCCUGAGUCCAACUCCUUGUCUCCAGCCCUCAAUCUCCAGCUCAGCUAGAGGCCCCAACCAGGGCCAGAUCCCCAAACAGACCCCAACACAAACUGCAUUGUCUGCCCCGACACCAGCUAGUGUUAGCUCUCCACGUAAAAUAACUUUCUCAGUUCAUCCUGUGCAGCAAACCUCUCCUGUCCUUACUCCAAGCCCAACUUAUGUCUCUGGUCAUUCGACCAAACCAAUCCCGGGGACAACAUCAUCCUCAUCGUGUCCAAACUCGAGCUCCACUAAGCCUUCAUCUCUGACCUCCUCUGGUAUCCAUUGUGCCUCUUCUCCCGUCCUAAAACAAAUAUCAACCCCAACAGCUGCCCCUACCCACUCCAAAAAACUCAAUACCCCCUCUAUUCCUGCCGCUCAGGCUUCCACCACCUCAUCCACCCAGUCAGCACAUGCAGCUCCCCUUGCAAAGGCCACUGCUCCUAAAGGUGGGAAAAAAGACCCUCUGCAUUCAUUGCCUGAAAAGACUAAGAGGAACUAAGACACAAAAUGCCCGCUGCUGAUAAGCAGAGCCAUUGAUAUACAGAGUGGUGUCACCAGACAUCAAAUAUGUCAAGUGGACAGGUACAUAUUUUGCAUAUACUUUAUGUGAUUGUCUUAGAACAUCAGGGGUUCAUGUGACUCUCAACCCAAGCCAUCGAUGGAAGAGAGAAGACUUUAUUGGUGAUUCAAAAGGUUGGCCCAGGCAACGGUAGAGUCUGAUAAAAUCCAUCCCAAUGUACAAUACAUACAUAUCGGUGUUAGUGAUUGUUGGAGCAAGCAGGGGAGCUGAAGGGAAAAUGAUAUGGAAGCAAUAGCUGAAAUAAAAAAAUCUCCAUUUAUUUGACAAUGGAAAAAAGCAAUAUGAGUGAAACAUUUUAGGCUCCCUUAAUGUGACAGGAAAUGAAUUUGAGAAAAUAAUAAUCUCUGCUAUUGAUAUGAAAGUCCAUCUUGGUGACGGUUUUAAAUGCAGGCAAGAGAGUGGACACUUUCUGGUUUCCAGCUCCAACUCCCUCUUGCCUCCCAUUCUGCACCAAAGUGUAAUAUUUUAUCAUCCAAAUAAUAAUAAUGAUAAGAAAAUAGAGAUUAAAAAUCACUGUUAAGACGAUGCUCAUAUGAAUUGGAUUCAAUAGGAGCAGUCCACUGGUAGUUUUGUUGUCACAAGUGUGUGGUGUUUAGUUUUUGAUCAAAACAAAACUUUUAAACCUACAUGAUUUUUCUAUAAUGUGUUUAUUUGUUUGUGGCAGACAAUCUUGCUCUGCAUCGUGGCUCACGUUAUUUAUAUUCCAUCCUGCUCCAUGAACUGUAAAUACGUGCCUCUCUUUGGGUCUGUUGUAAGCUUCAUCACUCUUCACCCUCUCUGUCUUUCAUCUCUUCUCUGUCUCGCCGCCUUUCAUCUGAUUUUCACAGCCGUGGUCGCUAAAUGCUUCGCUGGCUCUCACAGAUUCUCUCCCUUUCUCUCGGUUUACCCAACACUUGCUCUGUGUGGCAAUCAGCCUCACGUUCAAAUGGCUCUUUCUUCUGUCGUCCUACAACACUUUUUCAGCAACAUUUUCAGUGAUGUUUGAUGUUUUGUGUGAGUAGCAACAAGACAUUUCUGUCUUAACCCCUGAUACCAUGUUGCCUAGACAAUAUAUUAAAGGACCAAAUGUUUUAUUUUUUAUUUAUUACAGCUUUAGCUUUAAAACAGAAAAUAAAUAGCUAUUAAUGCUGAAUUAAAGAUGAUUUUGAGCGUGGUGUUUAAGGUGAUGAUUAGGAUUACAUUCUUGACAACCAUAACGGUAAUUAUGUAUAUUUUGAUGUAAGAAUAAAGCGAAUUUAGAUAUCA